UUAUUACCUCUUUCCAUUUUUAAUAUUUAGCCCAUGACUGAGCAAAUAAUUCAAAUUAGUUUGGGUCGUAACUUGGGUAUGGUACAUGUAAUAUAUAUGUACAUUCUUCAUUGCAUGAUGGCAGGUUUGAGAUUUUGAGUUUUUAUAGACGUUUUUACAUUUUCAUUUAAAGUUUCAUGGAAAACGGACAACAUGUGUCCGUCUCCUGUGCCUCUCUUGUAUUGCAGUACAUUAAAGCUUUCUUCAAUAAAACAUGGGUGGAGAGAUACGGGGAACCUCUUGGAGCAGAGACAGCCACCCUCCUCUGGUCCAUCAUAGUGUCCAUAUUUGCUAUCGGAGGCCUUUUCGGAGCACUGUCUGUCUCUUUUAUCAUCAAAGUCCUUGGAAGAAAGGGAACCCUGCUGCUGAAUAACAGCUUUGCUGUAAUUGCUGCACUGCUGCUGUCCUUGGGUGAGAGGGCAAAAUCUUUUGAGAUGCUCAUCAUUGGCCGGCUCAUAAUCGGGGUGGACUCUGGUAUAGCCCUCAGUGCCCUCCCCAUGUACCUGGGAGAAAUUUCACCAAGACAUAUGAGAGGGUUCAUUGGCCAGUUCAACUCCAUUCUGAUCUGCUUGGGAGUGUUCACAGGGCAAGUGCUGGGCUGCCAGAGCUGCUGGGCCAGGUCAGUGUUGAUGUCAUGGUUGACAUGGUGAUGUGGUAUUUGUCAC